AAGGCCAAGGGCAGCUCCCAACAGAAAGGUUGAUGUGGGUCAUCUAGACUCUGAGACCUGAGGCUCAAAGGUCUUUGGGGAAGAGCAUAGCAGCUUCCUGGGACAGCAUCCUGAGACCCAGCCCAGGGGAAAGACAGGUUGGACAGCAUUUGGACUUGGAAUGAAACAAUAAGAGGUUACAUUCAUGGAUAACCAACAAGAUAAGGCUGUUGUUGCCUCAGCCAAUGGAGAAAACACUCUGAUUAAUGGGAUCAAAGAAAAUGACUCAGAGGACCAGGAUAUGGCAAUGAAGUCAUUCACAGGUCUAGACGCUGCUGCACCAAUCCAGCCUAUAUCAGUGGUUCAAAAAGACACUGUGAUGUACCCCCGGGGUCUCCUGCCUCUGCCCUCUAAGAAGCCUUGUAUACAGGGCCCUCCCUCUCCUUUGGGCCUGAUUGAAGCACCUGAGCACGCUGCUAACAGUGCUUCUGUGAAUGCUAUCUCCCUCACAUCUGGCAUCACAAAAGGCCUGAACACGUGGUCACUGCCCAGUGAGUGUGAGAAAGCUCCAUUCGCCAUAAUGGAGCCUGCAGGCAUGUCCGCUCUGAACGGGGACUGCCUCAUGCAGCCUAGCCGGACUUGCUUGGGCUGCUUCAUGGAAUCCAAGGAUGCAGUAGAUCCUGAGCCAGGCAUCAGUCUAAAAGUCGGUGAUCUAAAUAGGGAUUAUGAAACCUGUGCAGUCUCUGAUAUAGGGAUUCAGUGUAUUAAUGCUGGAGAAAACAUGAAAUACGGAGAGCAGCUGCUCUCAGACCAGCUCCUUGGUUUCCCCCUACACAAAUCAAGGGCAGGAGAUAGACGAGAAGCCGAGAAACCCGACAUCGACUUGGAGGAUCCAGCUCAGAAGAGUUAUUAUGAGGCAUUACUCUUAGAUAAGUGCAAUACAGAAGAGGCUUUGCUGGCAAAUUCCAAUCAGGAUUGGGGUUACUUUGAAACUUUCAUUAGUGAGAGUAAGAUUGAACUGCUUGACCUCUGUUCCAAAAAUGAGCUGUCUGUCAACCUGUUCUCUGAAGAAGAUGUCGAUAACUACAUGUUUGAUGAUGAUGAGUCCACACUGGGCAGUGACGUCUGCUCCCUGAAAAUUCGAUAUGAGUCCUUCCAGGACAAUGUUCGAGACAAGACCACCCUUCUGAUGCAGGAGGAUGCCCAAUUCAACUUUUUCCCCAGUGUCUUUACCACCUGCUCCAAGCGAGAGUCCAAGAGUGGGGCCCUGAAACAGAGCAGCGAUUUUUCCCAAUUCAGGGUCCCUGACGUGAGCAUCAUCUGGAGCGAGGAAGAUAAAAACCUGGACAAGAAGAAAGGCAAAGAAGAAGGACAGGAAGACAAAGGUGUGGAGAAAAAAGAUGGAAAGGAAAAUGGAGAAAAAUCUGCCUUAAAAAAAUCAUGCACUGGGACCGAGGGAGGGCAAUUUAAGAAUCCAAAGCAGGGCCAUCUUGCCAAUUCCUUGGAGGCCUCAGGGAAUUUCAGUGAUGACAGCUCCUUCCUUGAGGUCUCUUAUGAUGCCAUGGGGGAGAUCAAAGACUGUAGCCGCUAUAUGGCUCGGGACACUAAUUCUGGCAGCUCCUCCUCCCAGCAGAACUAUGGGCUGCGAGCCAAGAGAAAAGUCAGGUACAGUGAAGAUUAUUUAUAUGAUGUUGACUCACUAGAGGGUGAAAAAGUAAAUGAGAGGAAGGAAUGGCUGCCAGGUGGUUCCAAAGAGGAAGACGAUGAUGAAUGGUGUCCCAAAAAGAGAAGAAAAGUAACCCGUAAAGAGCCCCCUGUUAUUAUCAAAUAUAUUAUCAUCAAUCGCUUUAAAGGUGAGAAGAACAUGCUGGUGAAGUUGGGUAGGGUGGAUGCCAGUGAGACAACAGUGAAUUUGAGUGAGAAUCAGCUAAACAAAUAUGCCAAGUUGGCCCCCUUGAAGGCCUUCUGGCAGAAGAAGAAGAAGAAGCAGAUAAACAGCAGCACAGACUCCAACAAGACACAUUUAUGCCCAAAGCAAAGCUUUGAAGCAGGUAGCUUUGAGGUGUCAUUCCUGCCACCUGCUCGCAAACGAAAAUCUAAACUUGGCAACAGGCACAGGAUUCAAAGAAUUCCAUCCAUGGAAACUUCAGCAAACAGUAAGCAGGUUUCAUUCUGCAAUGAUCAGAGGCAAGCCAGUAGUCACAAAGAAGAUGGAAGCCUGAAGGGUAUACUGAAAUCAGCACCUCUGGCUGCCCCCAGCUGUGCAAAUGGAUCACAUUUAAAUGACAUCACAGGCCCUGACUCAGUGAAAGCCAAAGCCCAAGAUGCAGAGUUUAAGGGGCCAGAGAGGAAAGUGCUCAACAAAAUCAAAUUCAAAAGUGAAGCCAGAUUAAAAUCUAAGAAAAUCAAAGCUGGGCAAGAAAGCAAGCCAGUUGUUCAAAUGAGCCCUCUUUCGGAAGACCGGUCCUCCAAGGCUAAUGUAAAGAAUGAAGCUAUUCCUGGGACCUCAAACACUUCCCAUCUAUCUGAAUUUCAUGAAACAAAGAUUGCUAAGAAUUCCACUUUCCUACCAACUACGUGCUCUUCUGAAAUGCCUCUAUCAUCUGCUAAUGUUGGCACCAAUAUACCUGUUAUCCCUGGAGGGUAUCUGCAAACACUGUUAGAUGCUUCUGACUUGUCAAAUAACACUGGUAUUUCCUACUUCACUCACCACUCUCCAGAGCAAAAUGAAGGCAGCGUCACUCGAACAGAAAAAUCUUUUGUACCUCUUCAGAGUGCCCAGGACUGUGCGCUUUCCUCACCCUCUGAGUCUGAGCUGCAACAAUCAUCUCAAAACUUCAAAAUGGAAUCAAGCAACUUUGGAAGUGCGUGGCCUAACAAGCCUACUUCUGGUUCCCAGGAAUUCAUGGCUGAAGUCUCCAGGGAGACAACACCAACCCAAUCCAGUGAAUUUGGAGUCUCCCAAGUAGUAUCCAUGGAAAAUAACCUCACAACUACCGCAUACAAUCCAGUCUGCCUCAACAGUGGUGGCAGUAGUUGCAACAAGGUCCUAUAUGCCUCUGUGCAAGACACUCCACUGUCAGCUGAUGACUCUUAUCAAUUAUGUCACUUUAACCAUGGAGAGAUCUGCUUUCCUUUCCAGCAUGGCCCAGUCAAUAUGGAUGAUGGUCGACUCUUUAGCUUUGAUUCCAUGGCACCACUCUCUGUCAACUCAAGCAAUUAUUGCUCCUUAACCUUGAAGUCCUGUGAAAAAGAUGGUGAGGAUGAUAUCACUGAUGACUUCCUGGCCCAUUGCAGCCCCAAGCUGGUGAUCCAGCAGAGCAUUGAUGAAAUAGCACCACUAAAGGAGUCCACUGACCUCCUGGAUAUAUCCAACUUCACUCCUGACAAAUUCCGCCACUCUUCCCUCUCAGAGGUGUCCCCACCUGACACCCCCAGUCUUUCCCCUCAAAUUACCAGAUGUGAGAGUAUCAAGACACUAGGAACACUAAAGGGGUUCCAAGAGGGUGUCCCAGGACCACUGGGCAAUAUGGACAAGAUCAAGUGGGACUGCAGUGCCGUUUCACAGCAAGGCCAAGUGGAAGAUGGAUUUUCUUUAAGUAACCAUCAGUUUCAGUUCCAUAUGUUCAAUGAUGAAGAUUCUGUCAGCCUACUCCAAAAAACCCCUUGCUUACCAACGUUUAAUGAUCCAUCCGGUCAAAUGAAUGCGAACAACAAAGUGCCAAAAUCGAGAAAGAAAAGUUCACCCAGCAAGAGUGGGGUUAUGAACCAAAGCUCUUCUCAGAAAAACACCAGGAAAAAAUCUCCCAAAGCCACCAACAAAGGGAUUGAAAAGGCAUCUGGUAAAACCUCUCGCCAGGUCCCUAAGUCAACAAAGAAAGGGAAAUACAUGGCUGCAAUCAAUGGAGAGAAAAUGCAAGUUGGCAUUGGCCGUGGGGGAGGUCAAAUCAACAGCGUGUCCUCCUCAGGGAAGGCACUGGCCGAGUGCAUCCAACGUGAUGGCCCUGGGGCCUCAACGAAGAUGCCAGGUCAGAAGGGACUUUCUGGAGAUUGGGCUUUGGGGAAGGAGAGAAGCCCUGGCUGGAGCGACAUGAGCAUGGGCACCAACACCAACAGCCUCCUGGAUGAUGACCAGCGGGAAUUUCAGGAGCCUUCCUAUAUCUUGUCCAACAUUGCUUCCGGUAUGGCGGAUGUGCAGAGAUUCAUGAUGGCCUCCAUAGAGCCCUUUUGGGAACCCAUGGAACACCAUGGGGACCCCAACAUAGUCUACUCCCCUGAGUCCAAUAGUCUGAAAUUAAAAACCCUCAAAAUAUUGGCUGGGACACCACACGAAUCUAAGAAAAAGGUCAACAACGGGUCACCAGGAGCCACUAAGAAUCACAGGUCCAUCAAGGGUGUGAGUAAAAGCAAUGGGAAAGCAGCGGUAGGUGAUUCUACUCAUGCAAACCUGCCUGCUUAUAAUGAGGACUCUCGCUCUGCCUUCUUUGAGAAAAAGUAUAAUAACCUGAGCACUUUAGGCAAUAAUGGACCGACACACAAAAAGUUGUAUCGUCACAAAUCCAGCUCCAAGGCUCUCAGAGAUGAGAAGUGUAAGGGAAAGCGCAUGGAGAGGGAACAGAUCCACAAGGAUGAGGCUGGGACAGCUUCUUUUGAAAAACUGAGGGGUUCCGACUCCAAUCUCCUAAAAGCAGAAACAGCAUUUUGGGUUUUACCUGUGUUUGAAGAAGAGGCUCGCAUUUUCCAGAAAGACAUUUGAUGUUUAUAUUUUAUUUCUUUCAAAAUAUGCCUUGUGGUAUGUAUGUUGACAUGUAAGUGCUUAAAGAAAAGAAUUUUAAAGUGUGAGAAUAAGUCUUUGGAAGCAAACUUUAAUCUGAUGUUCUAUGUAAAAGACUUUAAAAGUCACACACUUGCACACGUAGUUUAUGCGCUAUUUACCCAAGAAAAAAAGGAAAACAUUGUGCCAAACUACAAACAAGUGACUCUGUUGUAUAUAUAUUUUCCUUCUAUCUCAACAUUUGGUUGUGAGUAUUUGGGGAGCUUGUCCCUGUUGAUUUACUAGAAACAUUCCAGUGAUUCUCACUCUUAACCACCCCCACUUAUGUGGAUAGCACCUAUAGAUCACAGUGGGAAAACAUGUUGUGCUACACAGUUUACCAAAACUUAAAGGCUAUGGUUUGACAUGUGCCAAAUGUCCUUACUUCAUCUCACAGAUUCACCCCAGUUUAAAGCUCAUUAAUGAGUUUCUAUAUAUAUAUAUAUAUAUAUGCAUACAUACAUUAUUUAAAAAUGUUGAACUCUACUGUCCUGUGUGGAAACAUGAAGAAUUAAAUAUGGCACAAUACAGCUCUGUUUGUUCCAUUGUCUAAGGGUUAAAAUGUUGGAAAACUCUGGAAGUCACAACAGCUAAGUCCAUCAAGGACCCAAGUAUAUACAUUUAUAGAACCUUUUACAAGGAAACAAAACAGCUGCUUUAAAGUUUGUUUUCUAAAAGCAAAACCUGUAGCUGAAAAUUUAUUUAAAGUGCAAAGUUAUAUUGCUGAUACUUUAUAUCUCAGUUUUAUAUAUUUUAUAAUAGUCUGGGAUAAAUUAUAAAAUAGCUAUAAAAUCAACACUAAUGAUAAAUGAAGUACAUAGAUUGCUUUUAUUUAAGUAGUUUCCUAAAUGUUCUAUUCCCGUUUUGUCAAAAGUGCAUUCAUAUCAUGCUUUAGUGUUCUUUAAGUGUUUUAUCUUGCAAUGCCAAUGUCUUUUAAAGAGAACGUUAAGGCAUCUCAGAUAAGCUGAACGACUCGUGGUCACAACUAACUUGGGCCAUACAUACUUAGUCUGAGAAUGACUGGUAUUUGAUGCCACACACUAAACUUAAAUUUCCAUUUUUAUAUAAACUUUUGAAAUCACAUUUUUAUUCAGUCCCCUUUUUUUAAAUUUCACAGCUCGAACAUCCCUCACUACUAGCUUUUUCUUCGCCUUUACUUACCACUUGACUUCUAACAUUUGAUCUAUUUUCCUUGCACAGUUGAAGGCCUGUGUGUCUGAUGACUGAUGCAUUAUGGCACAGAUAAGAUAACGGAUAUGAAAGCGCUUUGUAGAUCAUAAAGUGCUAUACAGAUAUAGGGGAUUGAUAUUAUUGUUGUUGGUUGUUGUUGUUGUUAAUCUUACUAUCUUACUAAUAUUGUUGCUAACCUAUUAACUUGUGAAUAUAUAAGCUGUGGGUGGGAGGGUGGAGAAUAAGUGGGUGGGGGAAAAGGGGAUUUUUUAAAAAGGGAAGAUGUUUCAAAAGGGAAAAUUUAAGCAAACUAUGAACCUACCUAGUUAUUGCCACCUGAAUAUACUCACAAACAUUUGAAAGUAGUCAGAAAGAAAUGGAAGGAAGCCUGUCCCAUGUAUUCGUAUACACACUUCCCAGCCCAUGAUUCCUUUCACCAGCCUGCUCUGCUACUUACAGCUAGGUAGUCGAAUGAACAAGCCUGUCGUUGUUGAUGGUGUGACUGUGUGUGUGUGUAGGGUGAGUGGGUGAGGAGCAUUUUGUAAAGCUGCUUCAGACCUGUUCCUGGGUUUUGAUGCUCUGUGUAUGAGGAGUCCUGGAAAAUUUCUUAGUGGAAAGGCACCAGAUCAUACAUGUCUCCUGCUCUACAGCUGCCAUCCAAAAGGGAAAAGCAUCAGAGUGGAACACUUUCUUCUAUUUCUCCACUCUGAUAGCUGUUGGUAGUAAAUUCUGCGGCUGGCUCCUAGGAACUGGUCUUUGCAUUGUUUUUGUUUGUUAUGUUUCGCAGCUGAAUUUUGGUUUGAAAUCACCAACUCUGCCAGACUCCAAACUCACCUGCUGGCAAUCAAAGAAGAAAUAAAGAAAAUGUUCCAUGAUACGAAGUGUCUUAUAAAAAGUAACGACGGGAGCAGUUGUCCCAGUUUUUCUCAGUAUCAGUUCAGCUUUGGAGAAGGGGUGGGGGUGGAGUACAAGGACAGCCUGAAGCUUGGAAACAAUUUCCUUGUACGACUGGCUAUCAUUAGUCCUUUGGAAUGGAUACUCGCAGUUUCUCCUAUGGAGUGCAUUCGGGGCCAAGUCUAGGGCAUGCCUCAUCCCUCUCUCCAGUACAUGAUGUUCUGACUUCUUCAGUUUUGAGGGCUUUGUUGGUCCUGUCUCUGCUCUCACAGCUCUUCUUUCUGUCACAGCAUAGUAGGCCUGACUUUUUGGAGAUCCCUUAUUCAACCAGCUGCCUUCGUAAGGACCAAUGAUAUAAAAAUAGCAUUUUGCCCUAACAGUAAUGUCUCAAGUCAAGUCAGAUAUAGGAAGUCUUCCCUGGUCUGAAAUUCCCGAUUGCCACCACCUGCAAACCUCUGCUCCCUGAGCAGCUACUUCCUAUGAAUGUCUCCCACUUCAUCUCUCCUGGAAAUGGUAUUCUCCCUUAUUUUCCUUACUUAACCUCACUCCUUGGUCUGAGAAUUUUUCUUCUUUUAUAAUCUUAUAUUCCACCUCCCCAAAGUGUCAGAAUAGAAGGCCCUUUGCCAGGCUGCUUUCUUGCAGAAGUUCAGAGAGGAACCUUCUCACUCUUCCUUCCCUUUAAUGGCCUUGGCCACUUUCAAAUCCAAUUUGAAACAUGCUUACCCACACGCGCAGAAUUACAUCACACGAUUGAGGCAAGUUGGGAGCUCCUUUCCCUUGGAAAUCUGUAAGAAUAGACCUGAUCCCCUCUCUGCCCUGGUUAGGUGCUGGACUAUGUGGACAGAGUGGUCUCGACGGAGGUUCUUUGAGACUUUCGGAUUAUGUUUGGGCUUGAACCAGGGGCCCCUCAAGUGUCUCAUAUGCCAGCUUCCUCCCAGCUUUCUCUGCUGACAUCUUGGCACUCUGUGUAAUGAUGUGUUAAGGCCUUACCUUCUCCUAAAUGUUUUCAAACCUCCUGCACUACCUUCACCAUUACUUCUUUAGCCAUCUCCCUGAAGUCCUUGGUGCUAGGUGGGCUUUUGUGACAACUUACAUCUUCUCAGAACUCUUCCUUGUUGGGAUGCAUCUGUGUGUGCUAGGGGGAGGGAGGUAAGUGUGUGCGAACAGAGAGGUAUAAAGGAUGCUUCCCAAGCUGAAAACAACUGGCUGGCAUCCUGUGUUCUGUUAUGUGAGGGUCCACAGUUUGACUGAAUUUCCAUUUUAGUGGGUUGUAAUCAUCAGCAUUGACCGUCUAAAGGAGAAAACAUCCAAGGACCGCUUAACCCAGCUUGCUCUUGCCAAGCUGAAUCAGUCUGAUGCAGAUCAUCCAAGAAUUGAAGAGAGCUAAGUUUGUGUACUGAAGAGGAGAAUGGAGCACGUGCUCGUUCCCACUAGUGCUAGAACUAGAAAGGUUUCUUUUCCCCUGGAUUUUUGAGAAGUUAUCUAGUUUAAGGAAUUUUUGUUUUCAUUUAUAGUUUGUGUUUUUUUAAAUGACUGCCCACCACUAUAGGACUAUGUCCUUCUUAUGAAAUAAAACUAAUAUGAGAUUUGUUUUCUAAUCAUAAAAUUCACUAAGCGAAUGAUUACGUUUAGAAGGUUUAGUACCAAAAUCAAACAUUUCAGUAACAAAUAGGGAUCUUGUCAACACAAUGUGAGCCAGGGAUUUUGUAAAGGCUUCUCAAGUACCCGAAUAAGAGAGAAAACCAAAUUCAGCUGGGCUGUUUAAACUUGGGAAACGCUGUCAUCUGCUUGAAGGUCCUCAGCCAGCAUAGCAUGACUUUGAUGGCAGUACUCAGGCUAUCCUUUAAGGCACAUUUUUUACUCAGAGCUCCCAUUACAGCUCCAUGAUACUUGAGAUGUACUUUUGGUUUCAGAAUCAUAACUAAGAGGUAAAACAUUAGAGAAGGACAAUGUAAGAAAGAGACACUUAGUACAAAGUCGAAGGUAUGAAUGAGGCUUUUAAAAUCAGUGUCUGGGUAAAUAGAGCCUAAAGAAACACUCAUCAACAUGAUCUAGAAAGGAUGUGUGUCCAUCUAACGGGCUCACUGGUGUUUGAGUCUUAGAAAGACAUCCCCUCCAAAAAGAUACUGAAAUCGUUUUGCCUCUUUGAGAGAUGCCUAGUUUUACAGCACAAAAGAAAGGCUUAGAAUGAAAACCAGAAGAGGCCUUUUGUUUUGGACUCCCAGCGAGGAGGGUAGAAAGCUGUAGCACUGACUAGAGUUUGCUGCCUACAGAGUUUUGAAUGUACUAGUCCUUAAUUUAAUUUCCAUAAAACUGAAUGCACCUCUUUAGUAAAUUUAGUAAAUUACUGAUUUAUGGUGCUAAAGAAAAUUAUUAUCUCCAUUUUUCUCCUCUCCCAAGCCCCUUAAAUAUUUAAGAAAAUUUAAAAUAAAAGCAUUAGAGGCCCUUUUUAUGAAUGUAACCUAAGUUUCUGUUUGAUAUAUUACACUCCAACUUUAAAAUGUUAGGAAAUUAUUUGCCUUUUUUCUUUUAGAGUUCAGUUUUAUAAAUAAUCUGUAGAGUCAAUUGAAGUAUAAAGCUUAAGGAUCACUCUUAAGACGCCUACAAAAUCUUGUAUAUUUUUAAGUGUGCCAAUUUGUAACAUAUUUUGUAAGUGUAUAUUUUUCUUAGAAAAGUGCUGUGAAGUGUCUGUAUGUGAGAGUUUUCCUUUUCUGCACCACUAGGUGCUCAUAAAAGGAUAUUUACUUCAAAGUUUCUGGUUUUAGAAACCACAAUACAAAGAAAAAAAAUACAUUUUUGUUGGGAAUUUUGUAACACAAAACAUGUUGUGAAAGAGUGUAGUGAUCUUGUGCAAAAGAAAAUGAACAUUUGUGAGCUUCUUGCUGUUUUAUAGAUUUUCUUGUAAAUUAUUCUUGUAACACCUCUGGUUUUGUUGUUCUUGUUGCAAAGGGUUUAAAUAUUUGUGACUGAGUGUAUGGUGGAACUGUCAUAAUGUUACCUAGCUGAGUUUUGUUAUUGUUUAUGGAAUAAAUAAAAAGAAAAGUUUAAAA